UUGUCUCGACGCGAGAGCGAAACAGGCGCGUUUUCAACAGUUUUUGUCAACUCGCGUAAAGAUUACUCGUGAGAAUUGCUUAUUUUUAUACGUGGUCUUUAUAUACGAACAUUUUUUUAAACAUCUGAAAAGAUAACCUCGUAUAACCUUUACCUUUCGAGUGAGCGCUCGAUCGCUAAUAUCCGAGAAAAAUUGCGAUCGUAAGAAUUCGCAACAUCUUCUCCAGCGCCUUAAGAUUUAACCGUUCGAAGUAGAGUGUGACUCGACAAGUCGGUUGCUAUGGUAAUCCUAUGUCGAGUGUGACUCGACAAUAAUGGUCGCUAUGGCAACUUUAUGUCGAGUACCACUCGACAUAGUUUUCCUUUUACUCACGACCAGCCUUAUGCGUCGCAUUUUGUCAGUCGUUACUCUACAGCAGUGUCGAACGUACUGCUUCCGUUCUCAAUUCUUAUAAAAAAAAAAAAUCAUCGGUUAAAUAAUGUGCGACACUGACAGUAGUGAUGACGAAUACAUGGAUACUUAUAAUUUACUUACUUCUCGACGUAAUAAAAGAACGAUUAACGAUAUAUAUUCGAGUGACACAGAGGAUGAAAACGCUGCUAGUAAAACGCAAAGAAAGUGUAGAAGAUUUAUUUCCGAUUCGAGCGACGACGAAGAGGAAUGUAGUAAAGUAUACUACGAUGGACUCUCUGACAUUUGGGUCGAACUAACUUCGAAAGAUGACGAAAAUACAACGAUUCCGUUUUCGAUCGGACAAGAAAGAAUCGGCCCGCAAAACUGUGAUAAUUGUAUAGAUCCGUUAGACUAUUUUCAAUUAUACUUCACCAAUGAAUUGAUUGAAAAUAUUGUUGUAAAAACGAACAACUAUGCCCGUUCGAAAAUUGCGAAGAGAGUAUUGUCCGAAAGGUCGAUAUGGAAUACCUGGAAGGAUUUAACCGUAUCAGAAAUGAAAGCUUUUUUAGGACUUGUAUUGAAUAUGGGAAUUGUUCGUUUAUCUAAUAUACAGGAUUAUUGGUCCAAAGAGGAAGAAUUUCACGUACCAUUCUUUUCUAAAGUCAUCGAUAAAGGUCGAUUCAUGCAAAUAUUUUGGAUGUUACAUUUAAACGAAGUACACGAACCAAAUGCAAUAUUAGAAACUAGAUUACAAAAAGUGAGCAAAUAUCUUGAAUAUCUAGAUUUGAAAUUCCGAGAACAUUUUAUUCCUAACAAAUGUAUUUCCAUAGUCGAAUCCGUGGUGAAGUACAAAGGAAGAUUAGGUUCUACCGUUUAUAAUCCUCAAAAACCGACAAAGUGGGGCAUUCGUUUGUACGUUUUAACGGAUUCAGAAAGCGGUUAUUUGUAUUCUUUUCUACCGUAUUAUGGAAGUAUAACGACUGAACAUUUACCGUAUCCCGAACUUCCUGUUACCAAUAGAGCAGUUUUAUAUCUCUACAAGAAUCUUCAAAAUUCAAUUCCAGAAGCAAGCGGUUAUCACGUAUAUACUGGUAGAUUUUAUUCCAGUGUAACACUCGCGAAAGAAUUAUUAUCUCAUUCUUGUCACUUUACUGGUAUAAUAAUGACGAAUGGGAAACAUGUUCCGGAUUGUUUUAAAGAAGGGAAGUUGAAAAAGGGUGAUAUUGUAGCUUGUAGAAAUGAAAACGUGUUAUUGUUUCAAUUGAGAGAUAAAAAGAUUGUUAGUAUGAUAAGUACUUGGCAUACCAUAGACGUAGAAACCAAAAACAAAAUACCACACGUCAUACAGGAUUAUAACAAAAAUAUGAGCGGCAUUAAUUUGGCCAACGAUUGCGCUUCGGUUUAUUGUUUUAUGAAAAAAACCUUGAAAUGGUGGCGCAGAUUAUUUUUCUGGGGCUUAGAAAUGUCCGUAAUAAAUUCGUAUAUUCUUUAUAAUUAUAGAGAAAGAGGGAGCAAUCCUACGACGUAUUUAAAAUUUGUUAAAGUUCUCGUAAGAGGGCUAACAAAAGAUUUUUAUUCCACCUCGGCAAAUAUUCCGCGUGUAUUUUUAAAUGAUAACCAACGACUAAAUAACGAGUUACACGUUAUUCAGUUGAACCCUUUGCAUAAACAUAAAGAUUGUAAAGUCUGCUCGAAUAGGAAAAUAAAAGGAGGAAGACGAGAAACGAAUUAUUACUGCGAAACUUGUACCGAUCAUCCCGCUCUUCACGUGGGAGAAUGUUUUAAAAGAUAUCACACUUUGCAAGAUUUUAAAAUGUAACUUUUUAUUGGGACUAAUUCUUUUUUUUUUUUUUUCUUCUUUAUU